AAAUUUAAAUUUAAAACAUUAAAGUUUUUAUGCUGCAAUUUAAUUGGUUCAUUUGACAACUUUUCUACCAGUCAAAUUUAUGGAUCUCCUUGUUGAUUAUAAUAUAGAAGAUAUUAACGAAUUAUAUUUAAAUACUUCAUAGUUCAGUUUAUUGCGAUAUUGUAGAUUGAAGUGAGGUUAUAUGAUUAAGACGUAAUAAGAUAAAAUAUAGAAAAUCAAUUUUCUACUUUUAUGAACAAAAUUUAAAUGCGUUUUUCAUCUACACGAGUGAAUACUGGUACUUUUUUUGUUGCAUACAUACUUACAAUGAGUUUAUUUACUGAUAUUAAGAAGAGGACUCAAAUACCUUGUAGCGAUGAAAAUCCAUUGUUUGUACUUCAACAAGAUUAUAUUAAUAGAAACCAAAGAAUAAGGAAGCACAAGAUUCCAAAAAAUGUAAAUUUAUAUGGUAACAGUGAUGAUAAUAAUUAUAAUGGAAGCUGUGAUAAUUUAUCUCAACAGCAGUAUUGCCUUCCUGAAAAUGAAAUUGCAUCCUCUAUUAGAGAAGCAACAGGUGGUAUUGAUUAUUCAAAUGAAAAGCUUGAAGAACAAUGGAGAAUUAGACAAACAGAAGCUAAUUUAAAAUCUCACAAUACUAUUUCAAAUAAAAGUUCGUCUUCAAUUAAUAAUAAUUAUGGUUAUAACAAUUCAAAUGUAGAAAGUGGUACUGACUCAUCUCUAUCAGAGAUUAAGACUGUUGAAAGAAAACAGACUGAAGUCGAGGAGACUAUUUUAAAGAAAUGUAGGCUCAAUAAAAAUGCAGCAAUUAGAGGACUUUUAAAAAAUCAUAUGAUCUCAACAAAAGAUUUACAAAUGCCAGUUGGUUCUACAGAUGUAGAAUAUCAAAAUAAUAUAGAUGUACAGAACACAGAUGUUUUUCCAUCAAGUAAUUUAAGUGAGGACACUUGUAUGAAAUUAGUUCCAUAUGAAGAAGAUCCAGAUAUUUUUAUGCAACCUAUACAAGCAUAUGGGGGCAUAGAUGAAAACAAAUAUCAAGAUAUUGACUUUUCUGUACCACAUGUGGGUAAAAAGACCAUAGUUACGCCGCUGCAAUUUUUUCUUAGCAUAGACGAUUCUGAUUUUGAUUUUGUUAAAAAAGAUACAAAGAAAAAGAAAUAACAGUAACAUAUUUAUCGCAAUAAUAUUCUUUUAUCUUUAGUCUAUUUUUUUAAAAACAAGAAUAAGGAAAAAUAUUAAAUAAGUAAUUAAUGAUAUCGAUUUUGUUGUAAUGAUGUAUAUACAGGUAUUGACUUCGUUCAAAAAUUCCAAAUAAUAUUGACAUUUGUGUUUAAAUAACGAUAGGUAGUAAAUUUUUCAAAGUAAAGUAAAUACGUUUAAGUAUGUUGGAUUCUAAAAAAUGAAAUAACUUCAUAUUUUUGAAAUGUUUAAUAAAAAGUAGAAACCUUAUGAAAACGACAAUUAUGCAUUUGCAAAUGUUAUAAAUUUUGUAAGUUGUAGUUAGAAUCACGGUAUAUCUACAAGAUUUUUACCAUCAAAGUAUGACAGUGCUGUGAAAAAUUUUAGCUAUUAAUUAUACCUGUUAUGUACAAAAUUAUUAAAAUGAUAACAACUUUAUCGAUUAUUAAGUAUUACUAUGUGAUGAUAGCUCAUAUUUUAAUUAAGAAGAUUAUUAAAUAUGUAUGUAUGUGUGAUGUAUUUACAUGCGUAUGAUCUAUCAUGCAAGAAAAAUUUGUCUACCUUGAGUGUAAACUACAAAAACUUACGAAUGAUUAAAUAAUUAGUGAAAUUAAAA